CAAGCUAACUCGAUUAUUCCAUUCAAUCCUGCAUACCACAGCUUCCUCACAGGUCGAGUAUAACACCUUCUCGGUACUGAACGCUCGGGCAGAGAGAAUCCCUGCAGUUGUCUGCUGCAGCAUUACCUAUAAAUCAACAUCUUUUGUACAUCAGCAAUCUUAUAAUCGGACAGUAUAACUUGAACACGCUGAAGUAAAUUGCCCAAGAUGAUGUGUAUCAAGCAUAUGUUGGUAUAUGUUCUUGUAUUCCCCCUAUCUGCAUCACCUCCUAUAUUCCUUGCAUGUCUUGGUAUAGCAGUACUGCUUCGUAUCAAGCCUUGUGGAUACUGUCUUACUUUGGCUACGAUCCUCUUCCUCUCCUCAUCGCCCAACUCGCCCUUCCUCAAACAUUCUUCUCCGUCAUUGCAGAGCAACCAAAUCCAACCACUUUCUUCCCUCCCUCUAGACGCCCCAGUCCCAAAUCGAACAUGGCUCACCCUCAACGCGGGCCAGAUCUGGGAUCCCUGUCUCGUCGGUUACAGAGAAAUGAGCAAGGCUUUAGAGAUGGAAAGGAAUACUACCUCUGUAGCUGGGCACGGUGGAAGACAGGGGAGGAGGUUGGGUGGGAUAUGGCAGGAAGGAUCUCGAGCUGUGAAGGAGUAUGUGCUUGCCGUUCGCGAAGGUCUGCGGAAGGGACAGCGGCCGGCGUUGGUGGAGAAGGUUUAUCAACCUAAAAAAACUCUGGUGCGACUUGUUUCCAGACGGGAAGGAUUAGUGGAAAAGAGCGAGGAAAGGAGGUAUCUGCCAGCAUUUUAUGUGGACUGGAGGUACAAGGGAAUUGGAUUUGUGCUUGAUUUCGGGUUGAAACGUUCGGAAGAAGGGUUGAAAUGGGAGAUUGAAGAGAUGCUGGGCAGAGCGUGGGAUAGGGAGGAGCUCAAGUCAAUGGAGAAGAAGAACGAUUGGGGAGGAGUCAGUGGAGAAACGGUAGAUGCGAUUGAGAGGAGUUCAACACAAGCGGAGGAGACGGUGGUUGCGUCGGAGAAGGUGGAAGCGGAGACUAAGCAAAGUCGCUGGCGCAAGAUCCCUCUUGUUGGCAGUUGGUAGGAUUAGCCUGGUGCAGAUAGAGGACGAAUAGAUAGAUUGACAUCCAUCAUUAUUUCUGCAUCAUGAUGUUGUACUGUGGG